CCGCUUGCGUCGCCAGUAGUCGCCAGUAGUCGCCAGUCUAGCGAAUAUGGUUGAGAACAAUGGCAAUGGUUGUUAUUGAACUGACUCCGCGUUCCGCUGGUACUUGUCAACAAAGACGUUACCCUUGAUCUGCACGCGACGUAUUUACGGCCGCCCGGCGUAGCGUAACCUGAACACAAUAUUAUGGCAACUGCUAUUCAAGAGAAUGGCAUGAAACCGUUGACCAAUAAAUCACUGAACCACGUAAAGGAUGUCAACACCUUGGACAAUGCAAACUCCUGUGCAGAAGGGAAGGACAAUAUGUUGUUCGAUGGCCAACUCCAAUCUUACGUGGGUCACACCGAGCAGCCUCGUGAAGAGAGCCGUGAACAGGCCUGUGAAGAGAGCUUUGUUCAUGACCAGCUUUACGAAGAGGUCCUUGAGGAGUCACCAGAGCUUGACAUCGUCAUUAACAACGUAGUUUGCAGCUUUAGUGUAAGGAGUCACCUGAACCUGCGUCAAAUAGCUCUCAGUGGAUCCAAUGUUGAAUACAGGAGAGAAAAUGGGAUGGUGACAAUGAAAUUGAGGAAACCAUAUACUACAGCAUCCAUCUGGUCAUCUGGUAAAGUAACUUGCACUGGUGCAACCAGUGAAGCUCAGGCAAAAAUUGCAGCACGCAGAUUUGCCCGUUGCCUUCAUAAACUUGGAUUCAAAGUGAGAUUCAGUAAUUAUAGAGUGGUCAAUGUAUUAGGCACUUGUAGUAUGCCAUUUGCCAUCAAGAUAACAUCAUUUUCGAUACAUCACAAAGAAAAUGCUGAUUAUGAACCGGAAUUACAUCCUGGCGUUACAUAUAAGUUAACAGACCCAAAAGCAACUCUGAAGAUAUUUUCUACAGGAAGUGUUACUGUAACAGCACCUAACGUUGAGGCAGUCGAAAAAGCAAUAUUACAUAUUUAUCCACUAGUCUACGAGUUCCGCAAGGAGCGAUCGGCAGAGGACGAGCUUGCGUUGGCAACGAAGAAACGCAAGUUAGGCUUGAACAAAAAAAAAUCGGAUGAGUUCCUAGAAGAAGAACCAGAUUCAAAGUAUGAAAGUAUGAUCUCUGAUGCAGAAGGUGUACUUGACGAAGUAGGAAGUGAUGCCAGUUGGGACUGAUCUGUUUUAUUUUAUCGCUCUACUGUUAUAUGUGAAAACUGUUGUCUCGUUCUUUCAAUAUAGAUACAUACUUCUCUAUGUACAAAAGUGUUAUUGCUAACAGUGAAGUGAAGCGUAAAUUCGUUUCCACAUAGUGCAUGGACAAAUGUGUGAGUGUUAGGAAUAAAAAUAGAGAUGUAUGCACUUAUGUGUACGGAUAUACACAGGGGCAUAAUUAUCAAGUAAACAUCAAACGAACUGAUAAUCAUCCGAAAAAUAAUAUCCUAUAUAGUUACUUUUGUUAGCAAUAUCGUAUUAUAAAUAUAAAUAUAGAUAUAUAUGUAGUACGUAAUACACUACGUGUAUUGCAAUUGUAAAUAUGAAUAUAUAUUUAUAUUUGUAUUUAUAUACUUGCAUAUAUAUAACUCCGCAUAUGGAUGCAUCUCUGACAUCUACAUGAACAUAUAUACAUACGUAUGUACGUAUAUAUGUUUGAAUAUGCGUAGAACACGUUUUUAAUCAUAGGGUUCAUUAAUUUUUUUGAAGUUUAUUUAUCAUUAGGCAAAAGAACUCGUAUAUAUGCUUCUUUGGACAAGUGAUUAGUACAGGUUUAAAAAGAAGUGCACAUUGUAUACAUAUGUGUGUACAUGCAUAUGUUUAUGCACAUUGUGAAUUAUGGCCUGUACAUUUAUGUUUCCGUUUAUUUUCAUAUAUUUAAUUAUAACUAGUUUUGCUUAAUUAACAUAUUGUGCCAAAGAUAGAUAAAUUCAAAAUUUAAGACGAAGUGAUCAACAUAAAAUGCAUAACUUUAUGUAAUGAUUAAUUAUUUCUGCAGUGUUUACUUUAAUCGAUUGGAUUAUGCCCAAAAAUAUUUUAGUUUUUUAAUAUCACAUCAUUUUAUAAAACGUAUAUCCCAUUGAUCAAAAAAUUAUUUUAUUUUAUGAUUUGGAUUCCUAUUUUUAUAAAAUGCAUACCAAUUAAUAGAUUUCUGUACUGCCAACAGCUCGUUCUCGCUCAAAUAACUUCUGUUACACAAAGACACGGAUAAUGCGAUAGGAUGCGUUAUAGCGUUAGUUACUGUUUUUUUUUUAUUAGUCAUCUACAUACACAUUACAAAUAUUUAUUUGUCAUUGAUAGUAUCCUUAUGACAUUAAGCGCAUUUGAAUCAUGUCAUACACAUACAUUCUCAUAAAUAUUAAUUUUCUGCAAAUCUAAAGUAUCACCUGAGUAGCCUAUGACGAUAUUUAUUUUGCCCAUUCAUAAAAUAUUUUCAUGAAAAGAAAUAUUUUUACACGCGACUUCGCAAAUCUAAUUAAUUGUAUUUUUAGAACUCGGUUUUUAUUAUAAAAGUGUAUAUCGGAUAUUGUGCAUAAUAUUACACUGAGGGUAUAAUAUAAAAUGUGUCUUUCUAUACUUCGCGAUUAUUCACAUACACAAAGUUUAAUCUUUCGUUUGCAAUUAGCUAAAGAUAAGCAAUUGAUUGAUACGUGAAAUAUAUAGACAAAUUUAAGACUUGCGUAAUUUGUUAAUAGAAAAAUUAAUAGGAAGAAUUAAUAUGUGAAUAUCAUAUGAGUAGCUUAUCACACAUUAAGUACAAGAGAGUAUGAUAAGGUAUGGCCGAUAUUUUAUUAAACGAUUAAUCUGUUCGUGCCAUAUGACUUUAUACAUUUGUUAAAAUUAGUUAAAGCAGAGUUUCAUAAUUUUCAUAAUGUAUAUAUUGUUUUUACACUGAACAAAUUUUUUACGAUUUAAGCUAAAGUCACUGCCCUUAGUGUAUUCAAUCAGAAAAUGUAAGACUAGAUCCACUAAUGAGUAUGUGACCGAAAAGUAGCACAUUUUGUUUACAAUAUUGGAAAAAUAAAUGCUAUUCUUUAUGUUAUUAAUCAUAGGAGUUAAAGUUUAAGUGAAUAAAAAAGUUGAAUAAUAAGACAAUUGUCAAAAUGUAAUGACAAAAAUAAAUUCUAUCAUAUAUUUAA